UUCCGGAAGUCUUUUUAGACCGGAAAUGAUUCUAAUACUGCAAAUAGCCGAAGUCACGUGUGAAAAGGCGUUCUCCGAAGCAGCGUUGUCUCAUUUUUUUGUCAGGUUACUGUAAUUCAAGAUGGCAGAAACUACUGAAAAUAUGGACACAAGUGAAUCUAUAACAGCUAUCAGUCAAGACAUUGAUGCAACAAUUAAUGAACUGUCGGAGUUGGUGAAGGAUGAUGCUGUUGUUGAAGAUAAGGAAGAAACAAAGCAAGAUGAGGACAUGGAAGAUUCUGCUGGGAAAAAAGAAGGAGAGGAAGAAUCUGCUGGGAAAAAAGAAGGAGAGGAUUCCAAAGCAGCAGAUGAUUCUAAAGAAGAAGAGAAGGAUUCUGCAGAGGCAAAAAAGAAGAAAAAGAAACCAAAUGUCAUUGAUAAAUCACAGAGACCACCCUUAGUCAGAGUCGUUCAAGGUGAAGUGAUCAUCAAUAAAUUCAAAAUGAAAGAUGCCAAGAUGAAAGACUUUCUGACUAUCCUCAGUAAAGCUGAUAGCUUUGUUUUCGAGUACAAUACUGAGAACACACAAAGUGAUCAAACAGAGGAAAACAGGAACUAUAGGAUUGGAAAAAUAACGCUGACUUAUUCCUCAAAAAAGGAUUUCAAAGCUCUGUCAGUCAUCAAUAUUCUUGCUGAUCUGGUUGAUUUUGAUUCUGAUAUUGAAAUAACAGCACCAGACAUGAUAAGGAACGAGUUGGAUGCUGAGUUAUAUGGAAUACGAAGAGGCCUGAUGAGUCAGGCUAAAGAUAAAACUUUGUAUGUAAACGACAUAACAAAUGCUACAUCGGAAGAAUUCUUACGGGCCUUAGUGCCCGAUUGUACCAAAGCUCAUAUCCCAGUAGACUCUGAGGGCAACAAACUUGGUUGGGCUGUGUUGGAGUUUAGAAAUGCCAAGGAGGCAGAUGAGUGUAUGAAGACAGUCAAGGAAAUUGAGCUUGGAACUGAUAACAAGGUUGUUAUUAGUCGUGCAGAAUCUUCUGAUCCAGCAGAUGUGGCAAAAGCUAAGGAGCUUCACAAGAACAAGCCACCAAAGAGGAAGAAGGCUGUACAGACACCUGCCAAGGAUAAGAAAAGGCAAUGGAAUCAGGGACCAGGAAUGUUGGGACCUCGCCCCCUCAUGUCCCCAAAGGGAGGCAAUAUGGGCAGAGGAUGGUCACAGGGAGGAGGCAUGUUUGCAGGAGGAGACAUGCGGGGAACUCCCAGGAAAAUGAACUCUAAUGGAGGAUUUGGCAAUAAGAACAACCCAAAAGGAGCGUCCAAUAAGCCGAGACCUCAUACUGCAGGCAUGCAAGGGCGCUAUGGAAACCAGGGCUCUUUCGGUGGAAACCAGGGCUCUUUCGGUGGUAAACAAGGCUUUGGAAACCAAACGUUUGGAAACCGAAAUUUUGGAAACCAAGAAUGGGGUAACCAAGGCUAUGAGCGACAGGGUGGAUACCAGCAGGAGGAUAACUAUGGAGGUGGACGUGGUAAUGUGGAUGAUGACAACAUGCUGGAUUUCUUACAAUCUGCCAUUAUAGAGAUGAAAAACAAGAAAAGUGUCAAGCAACAGUCCAUGGGAGAUGGAUGGGGAGGCAGUGGUGCUUACAGCUCUGGGUAUAGCCAGUAUGAGGGAUUCGAAGAUAACCCAAAGAGGAGACGAGAUAACUGGAACGAUUCAUCUGACAAAAACUGGGGAUCUGGAAGGAGUAACCAGGGAAAUAGAGGACAACAGCAGCAUGGGCUUGGAGUGUGGAAGACUCAGGGGGGUAAUCAGCAUAAUAGAAACGACGGUGGGCGCAGUGGUGGUAAAAAUUACAGCGGUGGUUAUGGAGGUGGACAGUAUGACUCGUACAGCUCAUACAGUGGACGCUAUUAAUCUCUUUGAUAAUGGACUUCACACAUGUGGUAAAACUUUAGACAGUAUGACUCCUACAGCACUAUACAGUGGAUGCUAUUAAACUCUGAUGGACUCAUGGCAUGUGGUAAACCUACAAACAGUAUGACCCCUACAGCUCAUAAGGUGGAUGUUGUUAAACUCAUUGAUGGACUCCACACAGGCUAUUGUUAUUGUGAUAUUUUUUUUUUUAAAUCAGCUGAUCAUCAGGACAAUUGGAUUUUGUUGUUGUCUGACUUUGUGUUGAAUUAUUGUUGUAGUUAAUAUUGUUUAGUGCCACAUCUAGAGAUUUAUUCUCAUCUUAGUGGCAAAAAAUGUCAUCUCUGUUACUUAUUUUCAUUGUCAUAUUCGACAGUUAAUUAUUGUAAAAUCAUAAUCUUUGGAUAUAAGUUGUAGAAGGUACUGUACAACUAUUCAGUAGUCUAAUUUCAGGAUAUUAUAAGGCUUCCAUUUAUUUGGUUCAUUAAAUCAUGACAAAAACCACCAAUUCAUUGUGUACUAACAUUAUCACCAUCAUUCAAAUGUUGAAUAAAAUUCAGUGUAUAAGAC